AAUCAUAACCUUAACCUAAUCCGAUCCGAACUCCCAAGCAGUUGUAUGAAUUUCGCGCCAUUUUUCCGUCGUGAAUCUCUCUGCGUCCUUCUAUAUUUGGCUUUUGUGCGUUGAAACGGCUUACACAUUUUUCCAAUAUUGGUAUAUACAACGAUAUACAGUAUUAUUUUCACGUGGCAUAGUGAACGAGCAGAAAAUCUGCGGUAACCAACAGAAAUUUUGAGGUUGCACGUGUAUAACCUAAUGUAUUUGCGUUGAUAACGUUAAGAUGGGUGAAAUUUCGGAUUUACUUGACUUAUUGCCAGUUUACUAUUCAAGAUUGUUUCCCUUUGCUGAUUAUCAUAGGUGGCUGAGUUAUGGAAAUGCGAUUACUUUCAGCAAAAGAGAAUUCUCGUUCACCCUCUCGAAUGAUAUUUAUAUACGUUAUCAAUCUUUCAACGACCAGAAGGGACUGUCAGAUGAAAUUAAGAGGCUGCUGCCACACAAAAUAGAUAUAGGAGCAGUUUAUAAUACUCAACCAAAAGAUCAAAAAAGAGGUCCUAACUUUCGUCCAAUAGAGAGAGAAUUGGUAUUUGACAUAGACAUGACUGAUUACGACGAAGUAAGAACAUGUUGCAAAGGGGCAGACAUUUGUGGCAAGUGUUGGAAGUUUAUGUCGCUUGCUUGCAAGAUACUAGACAGUGCAUUGAGACUGGAUUUUGGCUAUAAACACAUUUUAUGGGUAUUCUCUGGCAGAAGAGGUAUCCAUUGUUGGGUAUGUGACUCUACAGCACGUAAUUUGUCAGGACAAGUACGGGCAGCGGUUGCCGAAUAUUUACAGAUUAUAGGUGGAGGUGAAUUUAUGAAGAAGAAAGUGCAUCUCGCCAGCGAUAAAAUUCACCAUUCUGUCAAGCGUGCUCUUGAUAUAAUCGAUCCUAUUUUCGUUGAAAUGUCUGUCAAAGAGCAGAAUAUGUUGGGCACAGAAGAAGCAAUUGAAAAGUUUCUUCCAAUACUGCCCAAUGAUGAAGAUAGACAAGAAGUAAAGAUGUUAUUCAGUACAGAAAGUACCAGUGAAGCAAGGUGGAACACAUUUGUACAAUAUAUUGAAUCUAAACGGACGGGGGGGGACCGAAAAUGGUACUUGUAUCGUCACUUAAUCGAAGAGAUAAAAUUACAGUAUUCGUAUCCAAGAUUAGACAUAAAUGUCAGCAAAGGGUUAAAUCACUUAUUGAAAUCUCCAUUUUGCGUCCAUCCGAAAACUGGUAAAAUUUGCGUACCAUUCAAUGCGAGUGCAGUGGAUAAAUUCGAUCCUGAUAAAGUCCCCACAAUAAUGACGCUGAUAGACGAGAUCAAUGCGUACGAUGUAAAGGACAAGGCUGAAGAAGAAAUGUACGACUUAAAUAAAAAACGAAUUAAAGAUUACAAGAAAACGAGCUUAAACAAGUCGCUGCAUAUUUUCCAAGAAUUCUUACGACAUUUAGAAGCUGAACGACGGGAAGAAAGAUUAAAAGGAAAAGUUUCAGCCGACAGUAUGGAAUUUUAAGAGAGAUCUUACAAUGGUAAGAAGUUUCCUUUUAAAAAUUAUGCUGUUAUACUCGAAAUAAUAUUAUUUAUGUUUUAAAUGUGUUUUCAUAGAAGUAAAAGAGCCAUUUUUUUUAUUUUCAAUUCUAGUUUAUUUUCUUUAUCUUUAGUUUUUAUUUUCAAAUUAAUUUUUGCUUUUACAUAUCAUAGUUUUCACGAUAAGUAGUUAAAUAGUACUCGUAAAAAGCUGGGGGCGAAAGGGGUUACGCUUCUUGAAAUCUCGGUAGCGAUCGAACGAAAAUCGUGACUUUCGAAUUUUUCCCGCAUAAUCGAAACGUUCACUUUCAAAAGUCGCUUUGAUGCGCGUUAAUAAGAUUUCUCUUCGAUCAUCAGGCGUCUACUCCAUUUCUCGGAUCAACGAGAUGAAAUUCCGGGUGCGCGCGGACAAAAAUAACUCGCUCUUUCACGUGAAUCGCCGUGAAAUUCCUUUGGCUCCUCGCGUUCCCGUUAAAUCGGAUGCAUGGGCUAUAUGUUAAUUAGUAAAUAUAAGCCAAGUUAAUUGCUUCAACUUGCUCCGUUCUCACGCAAGCGUAUUUAGCCUUACCGUUUCUAAUUGUGUCGAGAUUAUGGGCCAUGUGCUUUUAUCACAUGGCAUAAUACGAAAUGUUAAAGAGCGAAUGGGGGAAUGCUUAGUGGGAUUCUUGCCUUCUCCGCUCUUCAUUAUAAGAAAUAAGUAGUUAAAAGCGAAACAGUGUCAUUUGAUAACGAUCCAUAUGAUGUAAAUAAUGACUUUAAUUUAUUAACAUUUUUUUAUAUUGGCAAUAUGAUUAUUUUUAUUAUAAUUAUAAUUUUAAUAUAUUUUAUGCAAAUAAUUUCAUUAUUUGCAUAAAAGAUUAUAGAAACAAAUAAUAAAAGAAUAAUAAAAUUAUAAAUUAUGAUUUUAUUAUUAUGUGCAUAAUGUUUCUGUGAUCAGUGCAACAAUGCAAAUAAGUCAUUGCUAUUACCAAAACCGAAAAACUUUUUAUGUUUAAUUUUUCGACUAAUGAUUAAGCACUUUUUACUCCUCUUACAAAAUUUUUUUUUAAUAUCUUGUGUAGCUUGGUAAGCCGACUCGUUAACAGGAACAUCAACGUAUACAUGUGUAUAUAUAUACGCAUUUUUUGUUGGCCCAAUUACCUGCAAAACGUGCAAGCACGUCGUAUCUAUGAACCACUGUGAUUGAUACAGUUUUUUUUCUCUCAUCUGAAAACGAAGUUUCGUCUCGUUUCACAGUCGAAACCUGAGAGAAGAAACGCAUGCGGCACGGAUCCGAUCGUUGCUGCUCAUUAACAGCGCUGUUAAAAAAAAUUAACUAGAUUGUAAUCAUUAAUGUCUUUCCUACGGUUAAGUAUCUAUUUCAAAUAAUUUUGAUUGAUCGCGCCAUCAUUCAUAGAAUCAAUAAAGGGUGCGUAACUAUAUAAAUGAAAUA